CGCACACGAACUCUUCCGCAGCGAGGUUUUAUUGAGAUUAAUUGCGUUCUGUCAAUUCGCAGUACAUAGUCUGAUUCAGAGUUUUAUUUGCGUCGUCUCGAAAGGAAGCUUCGAGUUAAUAUGUUAGCGUUCAAUGACUAAUAAAUCUGUAUUCACCGUUGAAAAAGUUUAUUGACUGACGACUGACGCCUGGACAAGACUCGUAACACAUUGGGAGACAAAACAAAAUUGACGAGCAAAAAAAAAGAAAAAUGUCGAGUGUACCGCAAGUUUCUAGCGGGCUAAGCAAGCUCAAAAAGAAACACUUUCGUGUUAAGCAUCAAAAGGUGAAAUUAUUUUGGGCGAAUGAACCGCUGCUUAGCGUGCUUAUGUGGGGUGUCAAUCACACGAUAAAUGAGUUGAGCCAUAUCAACAUACCAGUUAUGCUGCUUCCCGAUGAUUUUAGGGCCUACAGCAAAUUGAAAGUUGACAAUCAUCUUUUCAAUAAAGAAAACAUGCCGUCUCACUUUAAAAUCAAAGAAUACUGUCCGCUGGUCUUUAGAAAUCUGCGAGAAAGGUUUGGAAUAGACGACUUGGACUACAAGGACUCUAUGACAAGAUGUCGGACGUUUAAUCCUUCGCGAGCUAAACGGCGGCCAGACUCGGCAACUGCCGUUGGAAGGACUCGGCAAUUGGUGCAGCGAUCGGCGACAGUUCCCUCGAUUAUUUUAUCCCCUCCUCCUUCUGCAGUUUCACAUAUUCCAGUUCUUUCUAAGCCGCAGCGUGCCUACAGUCUUAAACCAAAACGUUUGAGAUCUCAACCAGUUAUCUAUGACUCAUCAGGUAAGAGUGGCGCCAAGUUUUACCAAUCGUACGACAAGUUAUUCAUCAUCAAGACUUUGACGAGUGAAGAGGUAGAAAGAAUGCAUUUAUUUUUGAAGCAAUACCAUCCGUAUAUCGUUGAAAGGCAUGGAAAAACGUUGCUGCCACAGUAUGUGGGCAUGUAUCGCUUAACGGUUGACGGAGAUGAGCAUUACUUUGUUGCCAUUAGAAAUGCUUUCUCAAAUCAUCUUCCCACGCACCGGAAAUUUGAUUUGAAAGGAUCGACAGUGGACAGAGAAGCCUCUGACAAAGAAAAGGAAAAAGAUUUACCGACAUACAAAGACAACGAUUUUGUCAAAGAAGGAAUGAAAAUUUACAUAGGGGAAGAGGCAAAGAGAAAGCUCAUAGAUACGUUAACAGCUGAUGUCGGCUUUUUGACACACUUAAAUCUGAUGGAUUACUCGCUGUUGCUUGGUGUUCACGACUGUGCACGAGCAGAACAAGAAAACAGAGAACGUGCCGAGAGAGAAGCUGAUGAAGACAAUCGCGAAGAAGAAGACGAUAGUGAAUCCGGUAGCGGCCAAGAUACUCGUGGCCCUACGGGAGAAUGCCGGCAGUUGGGCGGCUUUGCGGUUGCAGGGAUGUCAACUCCCCCAGAAUCCCCGCAUACCGCUUUAAUGCGAGAUUCCAGUCUACAGUAUGAAGGCGCUAUCAUACCUGAGUUAGAUAUAUACGCAAUCCCAAGUUCAGAUGGUGCCCCGUCGAAGGAAAUUUAUUUUUUGGCCAUCAUAGAUGUACUCACACAUUAUGGCGUGCGUAAACAAGCCGCAAAGGCAGCUAAAACCGUGAAGUACGGUGCAAAUGUCGACGGUAUAUCAACUUGCGAUCCGGAACAGUACGGGAAACGAUUCAUCGAAUUCAUGAGUAAAGCGAUAGAAUAAGCUCAGAUACUUGAUCAAAUUCAGGAUACAUAUAAUUUGAGAAAAAACAACAUUCGGAAGUGAUUAUUUUUUAUUUCCUUUGUUCGAGAGAUUUUAACAUUGAUUGAUUAAAACAGAAAUUUGAAAUAAUUAUACACGUGUAAAAAAGUUGAAUUAAACUUUACAAUUCAUUUAAUUGUAUUGUCAAUCACUUUGUUUUGCAAAUUCAAUUCUUUGUGAUGGGGUUGUUUAUAUUUGAUACAGUGAUUUCAUAAUGUUCGAAGCCUCGUAGUCGAAGUAAAAAUUUACAGUAGCCAAUGUUAAAUCUUUACAAUAUCCAGCUACUUUUUUUCACUCUUUACAUAAUCAAUACUUUUUCGAAUACAAAAAGAGUCUCGUGAAUAAGUCACGUCAUAUUUGUCUGUCGCACCACCGUUCUAUUUCAGUUUGUGUUCAAUUCAAAUCGUUACAGUUCUCUCAUUGCUAUUUAUACAGCUGCUGAACGUAAAUUCAGCCAUUUCAAAUCUGAAUUGAGCCAUCAAAUGAUAUGUAUACACGUUUUUGAAUAGGUGAUGUACAACAUUGUAGAUAAAUUGUUUUAUACGUUAUUAUAAUAUCUCAAACUUUCUUUCAUCGGAUCCUUUCAAUCUUAUUAUUCAUUGUCCAAACAUUGCAUCAUGCAAACUCGUAAAUGAUUCGAUUUUACUGCAUGAUCAAAGUUUCUUUCCCGUACCUGACCACGAAAAAUGGUCUAUCAUACUUUAAUCAUACUGUCCAUGAGGUGGUGUAAGAAAGCGCAAAUGUUGAUAGACCAAAAUAUAUAAUAAUGUUAUUUGAGCACAUUUUUUGCUUGACAAAAAUUCACUUUGAUUUUGUUGAGCAUGCGCGGAAGCACGAUGUACGUUUACUAUUAAAUAUAAAAAUAAUUUUGUUUCAACUAAUUUCACGAUUUCUAUACUACAAUACUGAUAUGAGUUUCGACAAAGUUGUUGAAAAAAAAAUUAUUAAACUAUAUAUAUAUAUAUAUUUAUGUAUGUAUACAAAUAUGUGCGUGUGAAUGUUAUAAUACUUGCGAGCUUUGAUGUAAUAUAGAGUUUGUGUUAAAAGUUUUCAUCAGUUAAUUCUUUAGGCCAUGUGGAAUAUUUUCUCUAUAGUCUUCUCUAGCUACAUGGCUUCUUAUUUUAAAUAUAUUGAUGCAAAUAAAAUAUCGUCAAGUAUAUUCAAAGAAUCCUGGCUAAAUUUCAAUAUUGCUUGUGAUUUGAGAGACCAAUUUAGUUUGCAAUACUCUUCUUUUUCUAAGAUCUGUGCUGAAUUUAUUUCAUAUCGAAACUUUUAAAACAUACUUUAUUACACAACAGACAAAUUAAUUGAUGUGUGAUCUAAGAAUUUAUCCAGCUUUUUCAAUAAUCUGUAGGAUGGUUCGUUUAUGUAACAAUAGAGCUCAAAUGAAAAACAAAAAAACAUUCAUGACUGUUUGAAUAAUGUUUUUAAGCUUUUUCCUAUGCAGAGCAGUCAGUUUGUAAUUUGAGGUGAAUUGAAUCAUUCUAAUCUAAUAUCCUUAUUGCAAUUCAAAGAAGCAAGUAAUUUCCAAAAACGGUCACUUCUAUGCUUUAACCAGCUUUAAACUUGCACUCAGCAACUGACCUAUCUACGUUAGGCAACAUUGAUGUAACCUUUUUCUAUGGGAAAGUGUUGUUACUAAUUGUAGAGUACAGGUAGAUCAAUACUGCGACAUUACUUUUGAUAUACCCAUUGUGCUUAUACAAAGUAUGUCUGAAUGUUUUUUCAAGCUUCACUGCCAUAAAUUAAUCCAGUCAGCAAUGUAACAUUUUUUUGUGAUUUGUAAAAUAACACAAAUAUUAUAACACACUACGUAUCUCAUAAUACAUAAAGUUUAUUAAUCUGUGAAGUUUCUUUUAAUUCGUGUCAUUAUAGAGAUACAUAUAUAUACAUAUUUGUUGUAGAGAGAGAGAUAGAGAGAGAAAGGGAGAGAGGGAGAUGGAGUGAGGGACAGAGGGAGUGCGUCAUAGUUUAUCGCUUUCCAGAAACGCUAUGUAAAAGUAAUAAAUUACUUGGCAUGUAUGUGUAAUAAGUAUCGUAAUGCAAUAAUUCAAAACCAUCUAAAGAUGCAAUUGCAGGAGACAUGAUUACCUGUGAAUGAAUUCCAUUACCCAGAUACUCCUUUCAUAGAUAAACAUUUUUCCAAUGCGUCAUGAAUAUGUAGUCUUGCAAUUUGUUACAAGGUAGCAUUAUAUCAUGACUCAUUAUUUUAUAACUUACAUACAUCUAGCCUCAGUUCAAUUGCUUGUACAAUUAACCAUGAGUUGGAAAACACUUUUCGUCCUAGUUGGCGUAAAGUGAGAUUUUACGCCCGAUAAAUCCGGUUUACGCCUACGUAGGACAAAAAAUAUUGUUUGCACCACGGGCGUAAUACUUUACACCGACGUGUGACAGAUCGCACUAGGGUGUAGAACUUUGUGCCCUAGCUACGAAAAUACCUAUUUGCUGCGUGCGUAAAUAAUACGGUAUUCUGACACACUCUUCAUUAAUUCCGACAUAACUUGAUUUCAAUUAGUGUCUCUGUUUAAAAAAUUGCAGCCGAAUCACUUGCGCGAGAAACAAGAGGAAAUGUUGGAACUAAAUUGUGAUUUGUUUCAUAAUCAAUAACAGCCUGACUACUAAUUAUUUUUACAAUUUACUGGUACUUGCUAUGUGAAUAUUUCGCCAUUGAAGCUGUGUAAAAAUGUGAAACUAUGUAACUUUGCAGAAAAUACUUUGUUAAGAUUCAAGAUUGAUUAUAAUGCUCAUUCACUGAUUGUACCUAGUUGUUGUUGAUCCUCAACUUCUCAAUCGAGUGAGCCUAUAAUUAUACAUGCCCUGAAUGUGUGAUAUAUCUUGAUGAUUAUUUCUGAUAAGCAUGAAACAUCAGGAGACUUUGAUUUGCACGUGGCUGCAUAUAUUAAUCUUACAUGCAACUAGUAUAAACAAAUAUAAUAUUCAGCAUUUUUAAUUCGCACCAUAUUCAGAAUUGCAAAUUAAUUAUAUUAAAAAUCUAAGUUCAUAAAUAAAAUAAAUAAUAAAAAAAAAAUAAUAGAAUUAUUAAUUUGUUGCAAAAUCUUAAUUUUUGAAUCAAUCAUCUUUAUUAAUGUGAAUAGCAGGAAACUGUAGCAAUAAAUUAAAAAUAGUGAAUAGAAAAUCAAAUACCAUUUUGAAUACUUAUAGGAUGGUUUAUUGCUAGCCUGGAUACAGGAUCAGAAUGUAUUUCAUAGUAAGGCAUAUUACUCAUUCGCAUUUACCCUUAACUGCAAGAUAUUCAACUACAGUGUAACGAUUAUUUGUAAUUCAUGUACGACCGAUAAAGUAAGCAAGAAACAGUUUGCAGGUAUCUACUAAGACCUAACUGCAUCUUGAAUUUCUUGUCUCUUGUGC